GCGCUUGACUACCUCGAGGGGCUCUGGGCUCUCAGUGCUACGGUGUUUGUCACUUAGUGAGGAGGAUCAAGAAAAAUAAAGGCCAAAAAACAGGACGAAAAUACAAAAAUCAUACUCUGUAACGUGCGGCCAAAAACGUGUCAGCAAAUAUACAGGAAAAAUGUGAGAAUAUUCCGCUUGUUCGAAUACUUUUUUUCGAACGCUGAUAAGACUUCGAAGCUUCGCCACCACCAGCACCGCCAACGCCACCGCCACCACCACUACCACCACCUUCGCCCGUUGAGAGCUCUCUGUCUUUAAUCUCUCUCUCUCUCUCUCUCUCUCUGCCAGUCAUCAUGGGCGUCUUGGGUCUCUUUCUUGUGGUGUGGCUGGCGGCGGGAUGGAGUCAGGCACAUCUUAUGGACAACCUGGUAGGAGCGGCGAGCCUGCCCACCUGUCCGGCUCAGCUUCACGCCGCGCACCGCCGACACCUGCUCACCACAGCGCCCAUGCCUCCCUCUGUGCGCGGCAGGUGGAUCUCCUCAAGAUGCGAGACCCGGCCAGGCCCUCAGUACAUCCUGCGCUCCUACACCUUUCAUCGCGACGGCUCCUUCCUGUUGUCCCUCCACACUUACCGCGACCCAUCUUGCGCCCAUCCCGCCCGCUCCCUCAUGGCUCGUGGCAACCUGACCCUGGGCCGCCCCUCCUGGAUCACCCCGGGCGGCACUGAAGCGGAGUACACCCUGUCGAAGGUGGAAGUAGUGGGGCAUUCUCACCAGGACGCCGGUAAGCUUGCUCUCGCCGUGAAUGCCACCUGUCCGGGCAAGGUUACCAAGCCCUGGAAGCCACACAAAGCCUACGUGGUGCUGUCAUACGCCGAGGCUGCCAAUGAAGUGACAGAAGAUGAGGACUGCUCUCGUGGACUUGGCAGCGCGUGGAAUGAACUCCAGCUUCUGAGAGUAGAGAUGACGAUGCAAGGACACGAUUCAGGGGCAGCGGCGGCGGCGGCGAAUAGGGAGGAGACGCAACAGGAGGGUAUUAGCGAUGGUAAUGGCUCAGAGUCACCCCGGAUCAUUCGCAAAGAGCUUUUCUUGGGGGAUCUUCACACGGAUCCAAGCAAGCAGGAGCUGUACCGCCCCACUGGCUAUCAGACGCCACUCCUGCACGCCAAAUAUGCUGGGGCGUGUGGGGGCGUGUGCAAGGCUGUUGAACGGGGCACAGAUGAUAGCCCGCCCCACCUCCACGCCAGCCCCGCCUUGCCCCUCCUGCUAGCAGGCUCCUGGGCCUCCCGUCGCUGCGAGACACGCCCCUAUGGCAUGUUUCUUACCCGCCACCUCGAAUUCAGCCCAACUGGCCACCGCUGGACCAUGACUCUACGCCACUACCACGACCCCGAGUGCACCAGGCCCUCCUUCACCUUGCAGGCCAGCGGUAUCCACCGCCCCGCCUCCACUCUGCCAUCCCCAGCGUCCCCCCGCCACACCUUCGUCACGACCUACGCCCAUGACUUCAACGUGACGCGGCUGCUGCUCACCCCCGAGGACGAAUAUUUGUCCAGAGCCCUCAAUCAGUACAACAAAGCGGACUGCGGGGUGAAAGGUUCCUGGGUGCGCGGCGAGGCCCAAGACGUUACGCCCACUGGGGGUUGUGCGGCCGUCGGGGUUAAAGUGCCCGCGGUGAAGAAGGAGAUUGUGCGCACAGGCGUGGAUGAAACAGGCAGGAUGUGGCUGACGCUGGGACAGACCCCCACCGUCAAACAACUGUCAGGGGCGCGACGUCCCACCAGCUGGGGGCCGGAGCUCACCAGUUGUCGUAGUUACCAUGCCUACCAUCACGACAACGCCCUCUUGCCAAUCGUGGGCGCCCGUACUGCCUCCUCGGCCUCAGCCAAGCACACUCUUCCACCAUGUACGACUUUGCUGGCACUGGUGGUCCUGCUGGCCGCCCCGCGCCGCCCCUAGGCAGCCCGCCACGACUCCAGCGGCAGUCAGCAACAUACCUCACUGAAAGCAAUACUUAGUGAGAGAACAGAAAAGGUUUUUAUGCCAAUGAGGUGACGUGUUUGCCCUGAUGUGUGGCCCUGAUGGAGACAAGAGGCUGGGGCCCCACAGGCACUGCACAGAACCCGGGGCACCCUAGAGUGCUGUCGACCAGUAGACUGGGAAUACAGCGACUCCCGCGCCUAGGUAGCAUUAUGCUCGCCGUACAAAUCCUAGUAGAAAGCUGGCACCACCCUUCGUCCUGUCUGACCUGAGGGAAGGUUCAUCCUCCCUCUCCGUCUUCUCCCGCUCCUCAGCACGCCACGGACAGUCCACAGCAGCUCAGUGCGGUCGUUGCCUCACGCUGGGACACGACUCACUCUACGGGUCAUUCUUGCCGGAAAUGGACAUUGUACUUACGAUAUAUUAAUAAUAAUAAUAAUAAUGAUAAUAAUAAUGAUGAUGAUGAUGAUGAUGAUGAUGAUGAUGAUGAUGAUAAGUAUGAUAAUUCUGGCUUUCUCUGAAUAGCGAAAGGUCACGUGACGCAGUGUGAGAAGUAAACUAAAGUGUGUAUUGUCCACUUUGAGUUGUAUGUUUUCACUGUCAUGUCAGUAAUAUUAGUAAUGAUGAUAAUAAUAAUAAUAAUAAUAAUAAUAAUAAUAAUAAUAAUAAUAAUGAUAAUAAUAAUGACAACAGGGGCACCUUGAGAAAAAAAUGUAAAAUAUGAAGUGGUGAGAGAGAGAGAGAGAGAGAGAGAGAGAGAGAGAGAGAGAGAGAGAGAGAGAGAGAGUCGUCACUAUAGUUACAGUUAAGCAUAUUAACUAGUCAGUCAGUCAGUCACCACAGCUACUGCCACACUGUAUACAUUCCAUUACCACACCUACCCUUCACACCUCAGCUAGUCAGUCACCAGUCAGUCACCAGUCAGCCAGUCACCAGUAUAUACAAGCCAGCAAGUAAUUAGAGGCAACAAUUAAGUCAAGAAAACAGAUUAAUUCAACGCAUAACUUGCUCAUCUUGCAGUUUGGCGUAGUGCGUGACUCUCAGAAACUGUUGUAGUAAUUGUCAUAGUACAAGAUACACCGGGAGAUCCGCCUUGACAGUCUCUAGAACAUAGUGAAGUUAAUGGCUCUUUUUACCGUUCUUUUCUUUGUUGUAGUGAAAAUGGCGUAUUAUUACUAUUUCUUUUAUUAUUAUUAUUAUUAUUAUUAUUAUUAUUAUUAUUAUUAUUAUUAUUAUUAUCAUUAUUAUCAUUAUUAUUACUGAUAUGUGUAUGUUGAAAUUCUGGUUUAUAUCGUAAAGGUAAAGGAAAGAUUGUAAUUGUUGUUGUUAUUAUUAUUAUUAUUAUUAUUAUUAUUAUUAUUAUUAUUAUUAUUGUCAUUAUUAUUAUUAUUAUUAUUAUUAUUAUUAUUAUUAUUAUUAUUAUUAUUAUUAUUAUUAUUAUUAUAGUUAUUAUUAUUAUUAUGAGUGGCUGAAGAGCAAGGAAAGAGACAACAGUAACUCAUGAUAUCUGCCAAGACAGGACAGAUGUUCUACAGUAGUAUCAGAAUGUGAUAACUAUUACAAUACUCACUAAAUUCCCCUAAAACUACUACUACUACUACUACUACUACUACUACUACUACUACUACUACUACUACUACUAAUAAUAAUAAUAAUAAUAAUAAUAAUAAUAAUAAUAAUAAUAAUACUGCUACUACUACUACUACUACUACUACUACUACUACUACUACUACUUCAGCAGUACUUUGAAUCAUUUAGUAGUACUCUAGGUCAGUGGAGUCGAUAUCCCCAUCACUUGCAGUUAGUACAUUGAAACCCCAGCCCUCAGAAUUAGUAGAUUUAUUUAUUCAUUUUUUCUAUUUUUAUACUUUUAAUUUUGAACUUUAUCCUAUAUUUUUGUUAUUUUUACCUUUCAUUUCAACAUUGAUAUUUUUAAUGCAUUUCUGUAAUUCUUUAACCCUUCACUUCAUUUCACGUAAAUCAUGCAUUCAACUAACACGAAUCUUUCUCUUUUACCAUCACCAGCACUACAUACUCAUACAGUAUAACCAAAAUCUAACCUAACAUACAAAACACAAACUUUUUUCUUCGACCACUAUCACUACUACAUACAAACAACCCUCUACCACCACCACAACUACUGUAACCACUACUACAGCCCCCACCAUCAUCUACCUCAAUAAUAAUCAGUCAAUACAAGCGUGAAGACUCGCUCCCUCCCAAAACCCACCCGUCGUCCCUCUCUCGAUAAGCCAGCGUAUAGUUAGCGUAGGUUGAUUAAGUACACUGUAUCUUAAGUCUUUAGGAAGUAUGUAUAUGUGUAUGUACGAGUAUUAUUGCAUAGUAUGUAUAAGUAUCUCUCUCUCUCUCUCUCUCUCUCUCUCUCUCUCUCUCUCUCUCUCUCUCUCUCUCUCUCUCUCUCUCUCUCAUGGUAUCGUUGCAUGUCGUCGUCAUUCUCCUUCCGGCCAGUCAUGUUCCUUGUGUCACGUGCUGUAGAGGGGCAGGAGGAGGUGUUAUCUCGCACUGUAUAGUCGAUAAGAAGCGUAACAGCAAUGUCUUAUGUAACUCCGUCUGUAGCCGAUAGAUGCUCCAAUACUUAAUCUAUCUUGGCAUUUUUUUUAUUUUUAUUUUGUUGUCUUUGUGAGUGAAAUCCUAGGCGCUGCUCUGUUUUGUAAUUACUAAUUAGCUGUCUCAGUCGUGACUCGUGACCCGCCAAUAAAGUCGUGGUUACGGGGUCUGAAGAUUGAGUCACUGUGCUGGUAAUACUGCCCGCUAAAAUUGUGCCAAUCCGUGCAUAUGGUGCGCUCUAGAGAUAGUAAUCACUAAUAAUUCUAUAUCUACGGUACUUGUAGCAAUGGUGCAUAUAUACAAUCAUCAAGUUUCAAAUAGUAAAAUGCUGUGUCUCUGUAUUCUUAAUAAUGAUUAGUGUUCUUAAGAUAUACGGCGUGCCCCAUUUCGGCAGGGUAGGUUGCCAUAUUGUGAUGAUGCAAUCCUCAGUCCCCGUGUUAUCUGUGUGUACACAAGCACUGGAAUGUACUAUAGUAUGUAGGGCAUCGAGCCGUCCUCUCACCCCGUCUACUCCAUCUGAUUACAUUUAGUGACUGUUCUCUGUUGCUCGGUCAAGCUAUAGACUGAAUGUUGAAUGCCUGUCGAAUAUUGAGACAGACAGCAGCAAUGCGUCAUCAGAGCAGACAAAGGCCUUGCUUGUGCUGGAACGUUCGCCGCCAUGAAAAUGAUUAUGAAGACAAUGCUUUCAUUGACACUGAUAAGUCGCAGUAAAGUUCUACCCAAGAAGUAUCCACAUCAGUGCUGUCAACAUGUUUCCAUGCAAUGUGGCACGCUUGUCCGUAACAGUGACACUCCGAACAUGUGAAUAGUCAGUGUCAUGUAGGAAGUCUUGGCGCUGGCUGGAAGGCGCGUCCGCUCUACCAUAGAUGUAAGAGUUACUACAGACAAGAUUUGCUAUGACUACGAACUCGUGCAUCUCGCAAGCUGGUGAUGCUUUAGAGACGACAGAUUUAAUACGUAUUCUCGUAGGUUAUAAUUUAAAUGGUGUUGUGGUUUGUAACUAAUUUUACGGAAUAGAUGACGAAUGGUGCACGUCUGGGUGGCUAGGUAUAGGAGAACUGCGUGUCAUUACGUGUUAGUGUGUACAGUCGUGAGGCCGUUAUACUGUAAGGUGGUGAGGGGUUCCGCGGAGCAUGUAAAUAGAACUAGUGGAUAGUCUUUAAAAGGUGUUAAUAAUCUUGGUGUCCCAGUGUUUAGGGUGAGUAGUACUCUUGGUGAGCUAGGCUAAGGCGAUGUACAAUUAAAUGCACUGUGUUGAGGGGCGCACCUUGCCUGUCGUGACAUGUCUGGAUGUUGAGGUGUCAGUGUCACCCUGGGAGUAGUAGUGGAUAUAGGAGUGCCACCUGAUACGAAUGGUGGGUGUUGGAGUGUCACCCUGGAAGUAGUGGCGGGUGUUGGUGUCACACUGUGAGAACCUCAACUCGGAGGAGAAGGUAUAUACGCAUUAGAAAGAUGAUAUCGUAUGUAAAAGAAUAUCCUAUAUUUAUAAUAAGGACACUACUACUACUACUACUACUACUACUACUACUACUACUACUACUGCCAAAGUGAAUGUAGAAGAAUGCUAUGUACGUAUAGUAUGGAUGUAGAUUUUUGGCUAUUUAAUAAAUGUAAACUC